AUGCACCGCCGUGAUAACCUGAUAAAGAAACCGUUUUGCCGUGACGAGACUUUCGGUGCCGUUUCCCUUCGGUGCUUCUCAUCAUUACGGGAGGAAGUUGCGGCAGUCCGCUGGGCGAAUCUACGACUGCACGGUUGGGCAUUUCCUGUACUGUCACAAGAGAAUGUGGAAUACGGCUCAACUAAUUUCGGUGACCGCCGUGUGAAUGAGAGAAAACGUGGAUGGGCAGUUAUGAAACGGCGUUAUACUAUGAGGAAAUCUCCGGAAAUAAUAGGAAAGGUAAUACGUUCCGAUUAUUAG